GGGUAUCAGUAGAGUUCUUAAAUUUGAAACAGCAUGUGGAUUACAUUAAAUAUACUAAUUCUUGGGGCUCCCUUCAUGGUUGGAUGUUCUCUCGUUAAAUUCGUGGAAAGAGCUGUUAUUGAACCUGGAGUUUCCGUGUUAAUAAUCCGUAAUACUCAUUGUCCGGAUACGUUGUUAAAUGAAAUUUUCGAUACUUUAACAAUCCCAGUGAUUAUCCAAACGGUUACUGAUGGCAGCCCUCGAAAUACAAACGUUUCCCGACCACUUCAUCUACUUUGUUUGCAAGGACUUGAGGAGAAAAACGAUUUGGAAAUUCUUCAGAAUCUAACUACUACUUUAGAACUCUUUCGCAAUGAUAAAAUAAUACUUUAUAGUGCAAAUACUUCUUCUAAUCAUAGCAGAAUGGAAUACCUACUAGAAAAAUGCUACUACUUAAGAAUCUUAAACGUUUUUGGACUCCUAGCAGACGAAGAGGCUAUGUAUUUUUAUAGAUAUCAGCCCUACCCUCGAUUUAGGAUGGAACGGAUUCCCUUUGGGGCUUCACCAAUAUUUUCUCCGAAUUUUCCAAACAUGCAGGGACAUCCAUUGAUUGUGAUACCCGACCAAUGGCUCCCUAGAUCUAUUCUUUAUAAAGACAGGCGCAGUAAGAAACAGAUACUAGCCGGUUCCGUGGGCCGUUUCAUUCACGUUUUGUCCUGGAAGCUAAAUGCCACUUUGGAGAUAGCCCCGACAGUUACUCCAGGACGAUUUCUGCGUUCAAGUACUCUUCGAGAAUUGGGCGAUCAGUUGGCCUUUGACCUUUCAGCCAGCAUUUUAAUGCUAGAAUAUGAAGAUCAGUUAUACCACAGUAGUUAUCCACUUGAGAUGACUCACAUUUGUUUAAUGAUUCCUAUGGCCCAACCGAUUCCCCUCCGGGACAUAUACAGGCAUUUAAUCAGCCCUUACAAUAUUCUUCUGGCUGUGGGUAUUAUUUACGCCUAUGGAUUGGUUUUAUGCCUCCUCCAGAGGUUGAACGGUGAAGCCGCCCACUUGGAGGACUUUUUCCUGAAUGACAGAGCCCUACUUGGAGUUUUGGGACAAUCCUUCAGGUUACCUUGCCCAGCAAGUAAUAGAUGGAUCUAUUUAAUGUUGGGCAUUGUGGGCUUAAAUGUGAGCAGCAUCUUCGAAGCGGCUUUGGAAACCAUGAUGGCUCACCCGCCAAGUCAGUUCCAGGCCAGAAGCUUUGCCGAUCUCCAGCGCACCAGAUUACCAUUGGUUACCACCGAGGAGGAUCUUCACACGGUUAUCGAUAUGCAUCUUAAUCUACUGAUACUAAAUGUCAGCGAGUACAACCAGGUGAGGAGUAGCGGAAAUUCCAGCAGCGCUUACUUUGCCUCGCGCCUUCAUUGGACACUGUUUAGCGAACAGCAAAAGCGCUUCAGUCGGGAGCUAUUCAUAUACUCUACGGAUGCUUGUAUGUGGUCCCUAGCUCUCAUGUCCUUUCAGUGGCCUAGUGCUUCCUGGUUUAUAGAGCCGGUCAGCAAACUGAUUCUAGAGGUGAGAGCGAACGGAUUGUAUCAGUUCUGGGUGGGAAUGCACCACUAUGACAUGAUAGAGGCAGGGUUGGCUGGAAUAGAUGAUCCUAUUGCCCAUGAGAUCCAAGAAAAAGCCAUUUUGCGUCUGGAGGAUCUUCAGUGGGUAUGGUUCGCUUAUGGAGUACUUGUCACAGCUUCAACUAUAAUAUUCCUUCUCGAAAUCACCUGGAAAGGAUUGUAUAAUAAAUUUUCACAUAACUAUUAA